UUCUUCUGGCAUGUAUGUUGUAAAGUCAUUAGCGACUAUGUACAUACAAAUUAGUAUGUAUGCAUAUACAUAGUCAUAAGCUUCUAGUAUAAUAGCAAAAUCAUGACUUCUAGUUCUACUUGAAAAGGAGCCUUUAUUAUAUUGUUUUUCUCCAGUUUUGACGUUGGUAAUACAUAUUACAUAUAGAUACAUACAUGUUAUUAUAUAUAUAUGAAUUUAUGUCAAGUACACGAAUUAAUGCGCCUGAUAAACACUGACAAAGCAAUUAAUGAGUAGAUGCAAGUCUAUGUAAAAACAGCAAAUAAUCAUUGAAGAAAAUGGUAGGCAUUUUAAAUGAUUCUGACAGUGAAGAUGAAUUACCUCCUGGAUGGGAGGAAAUGACAACUAUUGACGGAAACGUCUAUUAUGUAAACCAUUAUACGAAAGGUACACAAUGGACACAUCCUAGGACCGGUCGUAAAAAGAUUGUUGAAGGGGAAUUACCAUCUGGAUGGGAGAGAUGUGCAUUAGAUGAUGGUAAAGUUUUAUUCGUUGAUCAUGCAAAUCGUACAACAACAUAUACUGAUCCACGACUUGCAUUUGCUACGGAAUAUAGAGAAUUAUCACAACCUGUACGGCAACGGUUUGAUGGAAGUAGUACAGCAUUAUCUGUUCUAUAUGGUCGAGAUUUAAGAGGCAAAAUUGCCAUUGUUACAGGAGCCAAUACAGGCAUAGGAUUUGAAACUGCCAGAUCAUUAGCUUUGCAUGGUUGCAAAGUUAUUUUAGCUUGCAGAGAUUUAAAAAAAGGCGAAGAAGCAGUACAGAAAAUACAACAAGAAGUGGAAAAUGUAACAUGUGAAACAUUACACUUAGAUUUAUCCUCAUUACAUAGUGUUAAAGAAGCAGCUGAAAAAUUUAAACAAAAAUAUGGAACAUUAAAUAUUCUUAUAUUAAAUGCUGGAGUUUUUGCAAUUCCUUACGAAAUUACAAAAGAUGGUUAUGAAACAACAUUUCAAGUGAAUCAUCUUUCUCAGUUUUAUUUUACACUUUUGUUAGAACAUCCAAUUCGAAAUUGUCCUAAUUCUAGGAUAGUGGUGGUGUCAAGCGAAUCUCACAGAUUUUCAUCGCUUCGAACAGCGGAUGAUUUUCAUCAAUUAACUCUUUCCCCUCCUGCAUACAAGUAUUGGUUUAUGGGAGCUUAUAAUGAUUCGAAACUAUGUAAUAUUUUGUUUGCACAAGAAUUGGCGAAACGUUGGUCUUCUGUGAGCGUAUUUAGUUGCCACCCUGGAAACAUGGUUUCAUCUUCACUAUCCCGUUAUUCGUGGAUAUUACGAUUUUUGUUCAUGCUAGUGCGACCUUUCACAAAAUCACUGCAACAAGCAGCAAGUACAUCAGUUUUCUGUGCAACUGCACCUGAACUGGAAGGUGUAACUGGAGUUUAUUUCAAUAAUUGUUACCGUUGUGAUCCAUCAAAUGCAGCAUUAGAUCCUGCACUUGCAAUAAGAUUAUGGUCUGUUAGUCAAGAAAUGAUAAUAAGUGUUAUGAAGAAAGACAAACUUUGGGAAACGUUAGCGCUAAAGCAGCACAUGCUUUAAUAAAAUGUAACUAUAAAUGA